AUGACCCUGUCUGGAGGCAGCGAAAGAGCCAGCGACAUGUCCGGCCAAACUGUGCUCACGGCGGAGGACGUGGACAUCGACGUGGUGGGCGAGGGAGACGAGGAGGGCAUGGAGAGGGGGGACAGCGACUGCGACAGUCCCGGGGUCGGCAUCCUGCACGACCUGCGAGGGGAACCGGGCGACGAGGAGGAGGUGGAUGAUGAGAUCGAGGUGGAAGAGAAGGAGGAGAUUGGGUCCGGCGGAGGGAGUCCGUGCUGCGAGAGCUCAGGAGAGGGAGAGGCGGGCACCGGGAAGGCAGAGGGUCAUGAGCAGAGCGGAGCGCCGGGAAGCGGGCUCCAGAAGCCCAAGAGCAGUCUGGUGAAGCCGCCUUAUUCCUACAUCGCCCUCAUCACCAUGGCCAUCCUGCAGAGCCCGCAGAAGAAGCUCACCCUCAGCGGGAUCUGUGAGUUCAUCAGCAACCGCUUCCCUUACUACCGAGAAAAGUUCCCCGCGUGGCAAAACUCCAUCCGACACAACUUGUCCCUCAAUGACUGCUUCGUGAAAAUCCCCCGGGAGCCUGGCAACCCCGGCAAGGGCAACUACUGGACCUUGGACCCGGCUUCCGAGGACAUGUUCGACAACGGCAGCUUCCUCAGGAGGAGAAAAAGGUUCAAGAGGGUUCAGCCGGACAUGCUGAGGGACCAGACCGCGCUCAUGAUGCAGAGUUUCGGCGCGUACAGCCUCGGGGGCCCAUACGGGAGACACUACGGGAUCCACCCGGCUGCGUACUCCCAUCCGGCAGCUUUGCAGUACCCGUACAUCCCCCCCGUGGGCCACAUGCUGCCCCCGGGCGUCCCUCUUCUCCCCUCGGCGGAGCUGAACAGAAAAGCGUUCAAUUCCCAGCUCAGCCCGAGUCUCCAGCUCCAGCUCAACAGUCUGAGCACGGCCUCUAUGAUCAAGUCGGAGCCUUCAAACAGACCCUCGUUCAGUAUAGAGAACAUCAUCGGGGUCUCCAGCGCGUCCUCGUCCUCGCCGGGCGCUGCUCAGGCGUUCCUGCGGCCUCCAGUGACGGUUCAGUCGGCCUUGCUGAGCGCGCAGUCCCUCUCUCUGACCCGGACCUCCGCCGCUAUCGCGCCAAUCCUCAGCGUGCCGUCAAAUAUCAUUUCUGGACAUGUUUUACCCUCAGCGACGGCGGCCGCGGUGUCCAAAUGGCCUUCACAAUGA